CACAAAUAGGCAGCCAAAAUCAAAAUGUCUUAUAUAAAAUAUUCAAUUUAAUAUUUUUCAUCUGAUUGUAGAACACAUUACAAAAUGUCGUCCGAGCGCAAGAAAAAUGCACAGAUUAGUUAACGUGAACUAUUUGAUGCAGAAUAACGAUACACCAAAUGCUCGGAUAGACUCUGUUCAAAAUUUUCGACAAGCUGCAGCUGUAAUAGGUCCGAUCAAUUAUAAACCAAAUAUUCGAGAAACGCUGCAGAAUUUGAAUUUUAACUUUCGAGCUAACAGUUUCUCCAGUUUGAUUCGGGAAUGCUGCGUCACCGAAGGGCAGACUCUGCUCAUAUUUUGGGCCUGUAGAAGCACUGACAGCAGAGUCACCAGCAUGUCGGCGUCUAGUUGUUCCUCGCUCCAAAUACAGGCGCAGGCGAGUGGGCUCAGCCAGGGCUCCGGGCGCAACCGCGAGCUGCGGUCUGUGGCUCAGCAGACGGACAUCACCAGCUGCAGGUACCCUCCCGGCGGCGCCUCACCAGUGGCCUCGUUGGACUCGGAUGAGCAGCGCGGCGUGCGCGAGCGCCUCGCUGAUUCGCUGACGUACUCGUCGCCGGCGUCGUCUCUGCUGCAGCCACCCCAGCGGUCCAUAUCCAUCCUGGGCUCGGUUUGCGCGCUGCUGCUCAACACAAAGCAGGCGUCCGCCGCUAAGGAGGCUGCGGGCGCGGCGGGUAGUCCGCCCUCCGACACCAUCUGCCGCAUCUGCUUCGGCGGCGCGUCUGCGGAGCGACUGGUGCGGCCGUGCAGCUGCCGCGGGACCAUCGCCGCCGUGCACCGCUCGUGUCUGGAGCGCUGGCUGCUGCAGGCGGUCACCUCGCACUGCGAGCUGUGCCGCCACCACUACACCGUCACCAGGACCCACAAGUGGUCGUGGGCGCGCUCCGUGGUGGAGUGGGCGCGGUCGGGUCGCGGGCGAGCGCUGGCGGCGGACGCGUGGCGCGGCCUGGCCCUCGGCGCCGCCUCGGUGUUGGGCACGGCGCGGGCGCUGCACGCGUGCGACGCGGCGCUGCAGGCGGGCGCGCGCCGGGGAGGCGCCGCCGCACUGGCCGCCAACCUGUUCUCCUCUCUGCUCAUCGGAAUCAUAGGAGCCCUCAAUGGUCUGCUGACGACGUGGAUGCUGCUCAAGAUCCAGGAGCACCAGGUGUCGUGGCGCACGUGGCGGGACAGCACGCUACACGUACGCGUCACGCUGGACGCCGCAGGGGACGCAGCAGGUGGCGGCGCCGCCUCACUAACGUCGCGCGCCUCUCUAGCUUCCCACGACUCCUUCGCGUCACUCGCCACGGUGGUAGGUGAGGCCGCGCCACGGGCCGACCGCGCUACCAACAUCACUGACCCCUUUAUGGUUGCGGCGCCGCCCGUCCUGCCGGAGUUUUAGCCCGUGGCACGCCGCCACACUGCAGCCUCCGCUCGCUAUACCUUAUCCACCAGCUUCAAUCCGGUUACAAUUGCAUCAGCCAGUUUAGUAUUAAGCUAAUACUUGUUGUUACACUAAGUUUUUUGUAAACAAAUCAUUAACUUGAUCUGAAUUUGUUUCAUUAUUUACUUUAUUUAUUCCAGUCAAUAAGUUGUAAUAACAAUUUUACUAUUCAAUUAAAAACUUAUUCUAAUGUACAAAUAUUGUAUUAUUACUGAAGGUGCCAGAAGACCAAGCAAAAGUAUUAGAUUGCUAAAGAUGUAAAUUAAUAUUAUUUAGGUCAAUUAAAUAUUAUGUCUUACAUUAGUGCUAAUAUUAUGUACUUUAGUGAAGUGAAGUCUAAACGAAGUAGGUAAAAGUAGUUUACCACCAAGCUCCCAAAGCUGCCAAGUGUCACACACCAAGUUGUCUGCUUGGAGAUUAUAAAUUGAAAUUAAAAAAUAUAUUUUAUAAAUAACCAUAU